AUGAAGUUCAACUCUUUUAUUGCAUUACCAUGGGAUGAGAGUUUAGAAAUGUUCCUUAAGCAACACCACAUAAGAGAGAAAGUAGAGAAUACAAAGACUAAGCUAGGAGAACUACUGACUCAAGAUGAUUUCCUACAAUACCUCGACAGUGAGCUUACUCUCUACAAGGGCAAUGUUAGCAAGAGCAAGACAACACACAUAAAGAAACUACAGGCACUCACACAACGACAAGACAAGGCCCUCAACAUUAGACGCAACGACGUGUGGUUUGUGAAUAAAACAGAGCGAGAGAUACCAACGAACGUACAAUGGAUUCUCUCUUUAGGUCCGAAACACGCUCUCCCACACACCAACAAGAACUUUCCACUCUUGCAAGUCAUUGCAGAGGGAGAGGAGUGUGUACAAACUAUAGAGAAUAGAGAGGAACAGGAGAUGGGAAGAACCAAGCUUACAACAUUGAUAGACGAUCACUUACGAAAGUCAAAGAUGAGCAUGAGAGACAAAUAUGUGGUGGACACAGUGUCUCAAACAAGAAAAUAUUUAAAGGAGAAUGAGGAUUUAUUGAUUUUAACGGCAGACAAGGGAGGAAAGACAGUGGCUUUGUACAAAGAUGACUACGAGCAAAAAAUGAAGGCAAUAAUACACGAUAUGUGUAUGUAUAGGCGCUUAAAGAUUGACCCAACAUCUAGGCUACAGACAAGGAACAACAAAUUGGUGGAUAAACUUCACAACUUGAAUCUUAUCAGCAUCCAGGAGAAGAAUAAAUUGACCAGCAAGACCGCAUUGGCCCCUCGAAUAUAUGGACUCCCAAAGAUCCAUAAAGAAGGUACACCGUUGAGACCAAUAUGUUCAUCAAUAAACGCGCCGUCCUAUCAUCUAUGUAGGUACAUAGUGAAUAUUUUGAAAAAUAUCACCAAGGAUUCCAAAUAUAAUGUGAAAGACGCAGUGGACUUUAAAGCUAAGAUAAAGAACAUGACCAUAGAAAAUGACGAAGUUUUAGCUCGCAGCCGUCGAUGCCUUAAAGGCAUGGAACGAGUGCGAAAAUGCUUUGAUUGA